UCUUCCUGCUUUUAAUCCGCUCCUCUUGUCGGAAGAAGAAGAAGGAAGGAGACCCCCCAUCGCCACCCUGACAUUAGGGUUUCGCAACUUGAUCCCUUCUUGGUCCGGUCGCCUCUUCGCCCUUCUUGCUUGAUCUCGUAGCGAGAGAGGCCGAAUUGGAGCGAGGCGAGUUGAGGGCUCCCGGUUUGGGAUUGUUAGGGUUAGGGUUUAUCGAGGGGCAUUGAUAGAUGAAUCGCCGGCCGUCGAUCUCCUCGUCGGCCUCCGCAGCGUCCGCUUCGGCGAAGAGGCCGGCUGCGACGGAGUCUGCCUCCAAGAUGCCGGCAGCUUUGGCGGGGCAGGCCAAGAAGAGGGUCGCGCUUGCGAAUAUUAGCAACCAGAGCAAAGUGGCACGUAACCCUGCUCGGCCGCUCGGAGCUAAGGGGGCCAACAAGAUUAACACAACAAGUUCAGCUUCAACAAAGAAGGGAUCUUUGAGUAGUUAUCGUGAUACAAGAUCGGGUGGCAGCUCUGCAGUUACUUCGGCUGCUAUUAAACCAGAUACAAAUAAAUCUAGCAACAAGAGUUCACUUUCAAUCAACAAUGGACCUAAGAUUACAGUUCCUGCCUGUCUUGUACCCUGCAGUACACUUAAGUCGCCUGGUCACUCCAGAGAUUCUGUUUCUUUGGAUGAAACAAUGUCAACAUGUGAUUCGAUGAGAAGUCCUGACUUUGAGUAUAUAGACAAAGGAGAUUGUUCAGUUAUAACUUCCUUGGAGAGACAAGCAAAUAAAAACCUUCACAUCUCUGAGCAUGCAGCUGAAGCAGGCUCCAAAUUGAGCAUUGAUGUUCCUAUGAUGAUGGAAGUUGAUGACAUCAUUGAUGUUGAUACAAACCACGAUGAUCCACAAUUUUGCACUACACUUGCUGGUGAUAUCUACAGACAUUUACGCAUAGCUGAGACUAAGAAAAGGCCUUCCACGGAUUUCAUGGAAAAAAUUCAGAAGGACAUUAAUGCAAGUAUGCGUUCAAUUCUAAUAGAUUGGCUUGUAGAGGUUGCAGAAGAAUAUCGUCUUGUACCUGAUACACUAUACCUAACUGUUAAUUACAUUGAUCGGUAUCUUUCUGGCAACGAGAUAAACCGCCAAAGAUUACAACUUCUUGGUGUUUCUUGUAUGCUUAUUGCUGCAAAAUAUGAGGAGAUAUGUGCCCCACAAGUGGAAGAAUUUUGCUAUAUUACUGACAACACAUACUUCAAGGAUGAGGUUUUUCAAAUGGAAGCCGAUGUUUUGAAGUACCUGAAAUAUGAAAUGACAGCCCCAACAGUUAAGUGUUUUUUGAGGAGAUUCAUUCGGGCCGCUCAAGGAUCUGAUGAGGUUCCAGCAUUGCAACUUGAGUUUCUUGCCAGUUAUGUGGCAGAGAUUUCACUUCUGGAGUACAGUUUGCUUUGCUAUGCUCCAUCACUUAUAGCGGCUUCUGCUAUUUUCUUGGCGAGGUUCAUCUUGCAACCAGCAAAAAGGCCUUGGAAUGCUACACUUGAUCAUUACACGUUAUAUAAACCAUCUGAUCUCUCUGAUUGCGUGAAGGCAUUGCAUCGCCUAUUCUGCACUAGCUCAGGCAAUAACCUACCGGCAAUUAGAGAAAAGUACAGCCAGCACAAGUACAAAUUUGUCGCCAAGAAGUACUGCCCUGCUUCCAUACCUGCAGAGUACUUCCAAGAUGCAAGGAAUUAGAUUUAGUCAAGGAACUAGUUUUACAAUCUGCGUUAUGAAUCAACUUCUCCAUUGCAUGAGGAGACCGGUUGAACUGAUGGAAGGCAGUGAAACGUAAACGGUUCACAAAUGCAUACACAUAUGUUAGCUAGCCACUAAUCGACAGGCAAUCUGAUGGAGAGGCUACUAGUUGACAAUUUCACUUACUCUUUGUGUAUUCCUGAUCUUUUCAUGUACAUCGCAAAUCUUGUGGUCAAGUCAUUUGCCCUGUGAAAAUAUCUAUCAAUUUGAUCGAGGAUCUAUAUGCAGUCUUCGGGAGUAAUUUGCCCCAAGCGUGGUUGAUCUCUUUCA